UCGUUAUGACUGACUCAGUCACUUCGGCCGGUAACUGUACACACAUGCCGCCCUAUAUGAAUCACGGUCCAUGUAGAGGCGCCCGUCACAGCUGGAAGAGGUAGAACUAACACCCUGACUUCUUGCUGAAGUACCAGAAAGGUAAAGAUUGAAUUCAACGUUGGAACUGCACCACUAACUUCGUAUCAUCACAUGCAGGACAGCAUUGAUUACUCACCCAACUUGUGUCCGAAGAUCCUCUAUGGUAUGCUACGAGAUCCGAGAGUGAGCUUCAAAACGUCAUCAGCAAGCUUAACGGUCAUCAGGGUGCUCGGUCUCAUUGUUCGAUUUCCUGUGGAGGCCUUGUUUCGAUGGAUCCGUCUGCUUUCAUUAUCGACGAUGAAGAAUUCAUGAGCGAAAUCAUCACAAUCCUCAACAGCUUCGAUAAUGACUACCUUGUCCUGUUACCUGAAGACACAGCUUCGAUCGAGAGACUGUCCCAAGUCGACUCGGAGUCUUUUGUAUCGAUGACAGCUCCUGAGCGUGAACGAGAAGAGAAAUCGAGUUUUUCUGGAACCCAAGGCCAAGGUGCACUCGCUGUUAACGAACAACUUGAGCCGGAUACCAUUGAGAAACGGUCGCCAACAAUUCGUGGGCGAAGUCGCGGCCGCUUUCGCAUUCGUGAGCAGUUAAUUCAACUCCGCGCGGUGGUGAAGAAAAUGGAGAAUCAUCUUGAAACGUUGAAGAAUCCUCCUGAAUCGUUGCAUUUUGAUUCGUGCGACGACAACCAAUCGAUCAUGGCAAGGAGUGAAAAGCAAGCGAAGGUGAACACUGUGUGGAGAAGCAUCGCAAUGGAGCAAUUUCGAGCUCGUCGCAAGGCUGAAGUGCAUAACGCACAACUUCGAGAGAACUUGUGGGCCAGUAUUCAAUUGUCAGAGCAAGUGAAGAAGUUACUACAGGACCAGCAAGCGCAUUCUGCAAUCUCUUGCUGAUGACCCAUAAGGGGAGGGGGAGGAAGCACAAAUGGUUAUCGACACCCUUGUCUGGACUAUCUUGGCUGUGACUUUACAUGUUAGUUCAGUAGUAUCUCAGAGUUGAAGGUACGGUGGGUACAGAUUACACUUCAGGUAAGGUCGGAAAUGAACUAGACUUGCUUCUUCGUCACGUGUAGUCAAUCCACCACGAGUGAAGUUACUUUGUAUCUGAUUGAGAAUCCACUUCAGUUCAUUUGACAAGUACAAAGCG